UGGCUGGAUUUCUCCCUUUUAAAGUAUGGUUGAAUAUUAUUAAUACAAAAUACAAUGAUGCUGAUAGACGCUGACUGCAUAUUUUACCUGCUUGUUUUUUGUAGCUUUGGAGGAAGAGCUGCUCUUCACCUUAAAGGACAGCCCAAAGGCCCUACAGGAGAGGUGCAUCUGUUAUAUACACAAAGUGCCAUAUAAAGCUUAUCUGCAGCGCAUGAAUUCAGAGAAGGGGGGAGCUACAAGGCCGAGUAGCUACUCAAAGCUCUGCCAUUUACGGGAUACAUUUAUACCUGCCUUGGCCUGCAAUGGGCCCCUGUGCCUGUAUAGCACCACCACAACAUGCAAUAUUAAAGUUGGCUACACAGAGGAAAAGGAAGAGAAAUAUAUUGAAGGUCUCUGCAACCAGUUCUACAGUGACACAUUGAGACUUAUUGAGAAAAGCUUUCCUGCCGACCCCUUGUACUGCAGCAACAGAACUGGUGAGGCCGUGCAGCACCUUUCUCUCUGUAGUAUGUACUCAUCUCUCCAGCAGUUUAGCUUCAGAGAGGAGCAAAUCAUCCAUGACUACAUAUUGCAUGACAAGUCUCAGAAAUCGAUGGUGGUCUUUGGAAAGCCAGGCUGUGGAAAGACUGUUUUACUUGCCUCAUGUGCUGGAAAGGUGCACUUGUGGCUGGAAGCUGACAAUCCAUUCUUAGUGAUGCGCUUCAUUUGCCCUUACUGGGAACCUCUAAAUCCAACUAUAUUAUUAAGGGGCUUGUGCCAUCAGUUAUCAGACAUUUACCAGAGAGUGAUUCCAAACCACCUUGAUAAUGUUGCUGACCUGAGGCAGUGCCUUGUGGACCUAAUGUCCCUCUCUUCCAAGCAAACCCCACUUAUCUUAAUAAUGGAUGAUAUUGACUAUGUUACGUUAGAUACAAAUUCUUUGCUUCCCUGGUGGUUAACCACUCCUAUCCCCCCAUUCACAAAAAUCAUUGUGUCUGUGACGCAGAAACAAAAUGUAACUGCUGAUCAGGUGAAGUCUCUGCAUGAAGACCAGUUCUUAUACCUUGAGCUCCAACGUCAGAGAAGAGAAUGCAAUGAGAACUUAAAGCAAUGCCUACUGGAGUAUAACAGAAAAAUAACAUCGGGACAGCAAAUGUACGUGAACAGGUCCUUGGAGACCAACACGUCCCCAUUGCAGGUCCAUCUGCUCUUCAAAAUAGUGACAGAAUGGAAAUCCCAUCAAGACGUUGAUAGUCAAACCCUUGGAGUGGAUUCGUAUGAAUCUGCUGAAAGAUUAUUCCACAAAUUUGAGAUUAAAUACAGCUAUGAGAUUGUCUCUAGAACCUUGAGUUACAUAACCUUGUCUGGAUCUGGUAUUGGAGUAAACGAACUUAUUGAUCUGUUGACAGCAGAUGAUCUAGUCAUUGAUAAGUUGCAUGAGUUAUAUGGAACUGGAAACAUCCCAAGAAUGCCAGAAUGGAUAGUCACUGGAAUUCUUCUGGAAUUAAAGGGUUGCCUCUCUGACAGAAUGAGUUUGGGUUGCAAGCUUGUGUAUUGGAAUAACCAAAUGUACCAGCAGGUCAUAAUGAAUCGGUAUCUCAGCAGUCCAGAAAUCCGGCAGCAGUUGCACACAACUAUGUAUUAUUUUUUUAGUGGACGUUGGCCAGGUGGAAGAUUUAUAUCCAAGGCUCUUCAAAAAUUAAAUUCUCCACUACCCAAUAAAUGCCUGGCAAACGAUAACCGCACACCUAACCAACAUUAUUUGGAUUAUCACCCUCCUUCCCAGCCGUGGUUUUAUCAUGGGCAUUCAGUCUGCCAAAGAACUGUCACUGGUAACGUUAGGAAGGCACAUGAGCUUCCUUUUCAUCUAAAACAAUGUGGGAAGCUGGAAAAACUCUACAAUGAAGUUUUUAUGGCAUUCCCUUAUUAUAAAGUUCUUGUACAAGCAGGUCAGCUUCAUUUGUUGCUCAACAGUAUUGAAGAUGCAGUGGAGCUUAUAGGUAAACUAGAGCUUUACUUUAUCUGUGACGUGUUAAAAGAGGCUUCAUGUCUAUUAAAGGAGAGACCUGACUCCCUAGAGAUGAUCUUUCAGUCCAAAUUGUUACCACUAGGUUCAACAUAUCCCCCUCUUCUGAAGAUGGCCAACCAAGUGUAUGGUGAAGGAAGGAAGAAGUCAUCCAUUAAAGUGUUGUGUUCUCCUUUAAUUAGGGUUCCAUUCUUUAAGGUUUGCUUUCCAGAAGCAUCUUCUGUUAUUAGGAUCCUGGAAAUGAAAGGAGGACCACUAUUAAUGGUAGUGUUUGAGAAUGGCAGUGUCUACACUUGGGCUGCUGGAAAGAACUUUAGACUAAGGUUUAAGGGUUCUGUGCAUGUCAAGGAUGUGUCAGUUGACAAUGAAUGUAGGUAUCUGGCUCUGUGCACCCUAAACCAUUCAUUCCUACUGCUCGAUUGCCUCUCUUGGACAGUUUUAAAUGAUCUUAUGAAAAAUAUCAAAGAAAACCAGCUUGUUCCUAAACAUUUUUCAUUCUCAGAGACAAGGCUGAUGGUAUGCUUUGACAAUUCGUCUAAUGUAAGGGUUUUCGAUGUUCCUUCUGGGGAACUCAUAGAUGAGUUGGUUUUCUCCCAAGAGGUAACGUUCUUUUCAUGUGAUAGUAUGGGAAAAUAUACAGUCAUGAGGCAAACAAACAAUAUCUUCAUUUAUGACAACCAGAAUCUUUCCAUUAAAAUUUCUCUCCCAGUAGACCUUGUACUACAUGUAGUGCACAGCAUUCAUGUUCAUGAGACCAUGGUGUAUAUCAUUGACAAGGCCUCUAAAAUCAAUGUCUGGAGCAUUACCAAUCCAGCUCAGCCUCUGCUUUUGGAUGAACUUGGUUCUGAGGAAGAAUAUGGAGAGGUGGUUUCUACAGAAUAUUCUCCACCUUGGCUUUUAAUAUGCAGGGCACAAUACAUAGAGGUGAGGCAUACAGAGUCCUGGGAAAGGCAUUGUUUUAAACCUCCACGUGGACAGACGCUGAUUUUUGGUGUUUUUUCCCAAAGUUGUGAAGAAGUUAUUGCUGCAGUGGAAAGUGUUCCCUUUCUUUUUGUCUGGGACAGGGAGAGUGGGCAGUGUAUUUCCAAAAUCAGUCUGGAGCUGGGAAUAGUCUCCAUGCUAACUAAGUGUCGUAGGUCAAGUCAGUUGGCAGCAGUAAUAGAAGAUAAAGCCUUAAUGUUAUGGGAUUUAAAAUCAGUGGUCAUCCCAACGUCUUAUUUUCAAACCGGUCGCCCUGUUGAGUCUUUGAUCCUCUGUCCCCAAGGGAAUCAUGCAUAUACACGGGACAGUUCUGAUCUGGUGUGCAGGUGGGACACCACCAGCUGCCGAAUUACAGACAUAUUCCAGCACUGCAAUACUGUAGAGGCAAUGGCAUUAGCUGCCAUGGGGGAGAUUCUGGUUACAUCUGUAACAUCUGGAGGACUUUAUGUCUGGCUCACUUGCACAGGAGAAAAUCUCCACUUUAUCCAAACCCAACCCAUAUCUCAGAUUCUUAUCACCCCCAAUUCUUAUUUUGUGGUUACUUUAUGUGAACAUGGAAUUUCCAAAGUUUGGAGGCCAACAACAGCCACCGUAGUUUGCUAUAUCCAGCCUUACCUCCAGCGGGCCUCCAUAAACUCAGAGAGCACAUUUAUCAUUGGCCUGCAACAUCGUAGACUUGUCGCGAUCAGCCUGUGGUCGGGACGCGUUUGCAAGCGAUUCCACUGCGAGGAGGGGUCUGAUUGUGUGCUGGAGUUUAAAUGCCUAAAAGGCCACCCUGAUUUCAUAGUUGUGAUCACCUCGAGAGCUGACUUUUAUACAUGGAAUAUGGCCGAAGGAACAGUUUGUCACCAGUUCAAGUUCCCCUUGUGCAACUGGUUUCAACUUUCAUCUAAUGGACGUAUCAUGGCAACAGCUCAGAGUGGAACCAUCAAUGUCAUAAACACCCAUAAUGGUCAACACUGUAUUCAACACACUUCUAACCCAAUACUGCACCAACAUCUAACCAUGGAUGGUGUCUUCCUUCUUUACAUAGGCCACAUCAGUACCAAGGCAUGCCCCUGUGACUUUCACAUAAACCCUGUUCUGCAGGUUAUCAGAGUUUCCAGUGGAGAAACCAUAGACCAGUUCCACCUUGGUAAGUUGCCAAGUACCAUGAGUGUGUCUGAAGAUGAUAGGAUGAUUUUCAUUGGUUUUGAGGAUGGCACACUCGGUUUGUACUCCCUGAGUGAGCUGUAUGAGGGGGGGACAAGGAAGUCAAAUGUUUUAAAGAUCUCUGAUAGUUCAGCGGUGAAGAUAUAUAAGGGAAAGUCAUCUCCCACCAUUAUUUGGGCUGAUCCUAUAUGCUUAGAACCUAGUGAGAGCUGA